AUGGCGACGCCCCCUGGGUCGCGGAGUGGAAGAGAUGAGCAGUCACCGCCUCAACGACAGCGGCGACUGUCACGUCAUCGUCAAGAACAGGAGCAAAGCGAGCAGCAGCAGCAACAGCAACAGCAGCAGGAGGGUAGACGCCUUCGCCGACUGCAAGCUCCUGGACCGACGUCGACGUCGACUGGCAGUAUUGCGAGCGUGACCGAAGGUGAACCGAGCAGUGACCGCCGUCAGCAGCAGCUCAGAGCGCCGCGGCGGACCGGUGAGCCGACAACAGGUGGAGUUAGAGUUGUGACAUCGCCCUACCUCGAGGAGACUUCAAGCUCCUUUUUCCCCUCUUUAACUGAACGGGGAGGAAGCCGGGGAGGAGGUCGGGAGGGCAGCAAUAUCCCUCGACGGAAAAGGCCGUCCUCUUCGUUGGAAGCUCCCGAAGAAGCUCGAGCCACUCCGCGACGGACAUCGGCAAGGAGCGCUAGGACUGCUGCUUCUCCUUCAUCUGCAACCCAAUCUGGCCCGAGGACACCUGCCUCGAGGCGAACCCCAUCGGGUUCGACACCGACGAGAAGAAGAACCGUGGCCCAGACUGAACCGUCUCCUUCUCCCUCGUCCUCUUUCCUUCCAACUCCUCAACCUGACGACCCGUCGUUCUCUCCAUCUGUCAGGAGAAGGCAAAGGAGAAGUAAUCGUAACAGCGCCGGCGCUGGUGAAGAGACAGGCGGAGAAGCCAAAGGGAAAGAAGAAGAGCGCGGCAUUGAGCGGCGCCAGAAACAGUCACCACGGAGCACGGGGAAGCGAAGAGGUGAAGCCGAAGCCGAGUCAGAGCAGGGCACAGCUUCGGCGUCUACAUCUGUGUCGAAGCGAAGAAAGAGCGAUACUGGGCAACAACCUCCCUCACCAGAACACGACUCAUCCGUAGCAGCAGCAGCCACAUUGCCUUCUACGAUGAGGGGCAACCAAGAGCAUGCUGGAAGAGGAUCGGGGCGAGGGAGGUAUGCAGCAGAAGAUUUACGCGACGACAGGACCUUUCAGCUCAGGAUCGUCCAGCAGCCUAUCUUGGGAUGCGCCUUUGGUGCAAAUAUUCUUUCUCGCCUCGCUAUCGCACCUCCGCUCAUCGUUCGUCUUUACGUCAUCAACCGUCAAGGCGAAGACGUGACGAACAAUGCCGAUCUGCCCCCUCUCGUUUGUCACGCGUCGCUAACGACUGAGACGGGUCUAGCAGCCGACAUGCUGUCACCCGUCUCUUCGCCUCAGCCCCUUCCACGAGGUACUUCCGAAUCGCCUCCUUCUGUAAGGACACGAGGCCACGUAGGGGCUAGCAGUGUUGAGCAGCAACAGCAGCAGCAACGCCCGAACUCGCCAACUUCUCCUGGUUCGCGACGGAUGUUGUAUGGCACCCUCGUUGCCAGCCCUUUGAGCAUCCUGGAUCCCGAGAGCAUUGUUCCCAUAGCGUCGCCGCAUCGCUCUCUUUCGUCAAGCCGUUCACAAAGGGUUGCCUCAAUAUCGAUGUCGGCCCCGAUUAGUGGAAGAAAUGGGAUCUUCUUCUUCUUCCCCGAAAUCUCAAUUAGAGCCAGGGGUCGCUUCUGUCUUCGCAUUUCUCUGAUGCCCUUGCCGAGCGGUCCGUCGUCCACGUCGGUCUCGCAGCCGCUGGCAAGCAUAAGCACAGCCCCUUUCGACGUCGUCUCAACGGUCGACUAUGUCGCUCCUCCCAUCACAGACCUUACUAGGCACUUUGCUGCCCAUGGCGUCGGCCUCCUCCUUCCCCCCGGUCAUUCGACUGAUUAGACGGGAGUGUUCCUCUCUUACGACCAUUCAUUCCCUUCGGCAGGCAGUGCCCGACCGUGUCCUCAGUGCCCUUUCUUCUGCCUUUUUGUCAUCACCUGUGCUUGUAUCUCAUGCUACUUUACACCAUACCGUAUCGACCUUGUAUGCUGCGAAUGGCGAGUCCCCG